AUGUCGCAGUCGCCUCCCGCUCCGCACGUGCGAAAGGAUACAUCUUCUUUUCAAUCAAAUGCAUCUUCUGUUUCAUCGAUGGCGCCCUCACUGCCUCGUCUCAAAAUACAGAGUAGAAGCUCGCUUCUAAUUGGAGUUACGGACGAUGUGGAUGAAAAUGCAGAGCCAUUGCUUGACAGUGGAAGAUCUUUGGCGAAUGAAAAACCAGCUGUUCCUCCGAGAAAUGUUUCUUCUAAGAUGCAGGUUGAUAUUCCUGAGAAGUUCGGUCUUGACCGGAUGGCUGGUCAAGAGUUUGAGAUGGUGUCUCCCGUGGUCGGAAGACAUGGAUUUCAAAAUCUUGGGAAAUUCAAGGCUGGACAGCCUGAAGAUGGAAUCAGCGUGCAUACUAGAACGCUUAAUCAGCUAAUUAAGAAGAGGAAGUCUCAAAUAUAUGAUGUUUUGGAGGAGCAUCCCGAGUUGAAAGUCCCAAGUGACCAAUAUUUCGAUCAAUUACGCGCCGAUGACUUAAAUAUUGAGUUGUUGAGUGAACUAAAAACCGGAAAUUACGAUAAUCCUGAUCAAAAGAAGGUCUAUUCGCUUUUGUACGAAAGUUCGAGACUUUCUGAUGAGGCCAUCAAUGAAGCUGACACGCAGAAACUUGACUCUAAAGCCUUUGAAGAGACUGCGGAAAAACUAUCCUUGGAAAAGAAUGACCACUUGGUCUUUGAUUUGCUGAAGAUAUAUGCCAUUGUUGGUGAAUCUACUCCGCAUCCUUUGAUUUGUUUUUUCCAUAGUAAGAUUGAAUGUCUAAAAAUCUCCUUGAUGCUUGCCCUAGUGCUGAAGAAGUUUGUCAUUGGAUCACAGAAGUUCCAAUUUCUCUUGCUAAGAGUCUUAGAAAGCCGGCAUCCUGAUUUUGUAGUUGACCGGUUCAGUUCUGAUGGCAUGACUUUUUCUUCACUUGAAGAGUUAGUUGGUUCUAAUCAGUUUUGGUAUGACUUUAUUUCCCAAUUGGAGGAGAAGAACUUGACCGAUUCACUGAUUCGCACGUGCCUGGUUUACGGAUUUUAUUCUCUUAUUGAUGUCAUGGCUGAGAUCAUAGUAAAAACCGAUAGUUUGGAUGCCGUGAAGGUGUGCUCAGACCUCUGUCGCUUCGAAAGAGAAUAUUUGAUCAUCAACCAGGAUGCAGAUAUCUAUGCUAGCGAUCAAGCCAUUUCCAAAGAGAAAAAUAAAUAUCAAUAUUUCACGGAGGACUUAAAGACUAAGAAGAAUAAGUAUAACGACUUGCUAAACAAUUACAAACAACUGAACGAGGAAAGAUUUAGCGAUGAAACUGUUCUAAAGAGGCUAACGCUAGAAAAUAAGGAGUUGAAGGAAGAAAGCGCUCGAAAAGAAAAGGAACUUGCUGACAAAUUGUCAAGUUUCGAAGUGAUCAAGGUCAAUAACGACAAAAAUGCCGAGAUCAGCAAGAUGAACGAAGAUCUUUCAAAGGAAAUUGCCCGACUAACAUCUGAGGUUAAUGAGUUGAAGCUUAAAUAA